UCAGCCGAGUUGCCUUAUUUUGACAACUGUGCGGCCGUGUGGCAGCUGCCAGACACUCACUCAGCAGUCGUCUUCCGACGGUCAGAGAGAAAGUUCCCAGUAGGAACAACGUGAUCGUACUACCGGCUGUUCCGUUUUCCGUCUCGCUCCGUCACAAUGCUGCAAUUCUGUAUCCUUGGUUUAGUUUUGGUUGGGUGCGUUUUAUCCGAGGGUGAAGAGCGAGCCAGGUUAUUAGCAGCGAAAAGGGUUCACAACCUUUAUUUAGUGGAGGGCAGAGAUAUUGUUGUACAGUACUCUGUGCACAAUGUUGGACAGGCAGCUGCUAUUAAUGUUCAGCUCACAGACUCCGGUUUCAGCACUGAGGACUUUGAUAUAGCUGGUGGCCAGUUGCAAGUGAAAUUUGACCGAAUUGCUCCCAAUGCCAAUGUUUCACACACUGUUGUUGUGAAGCCUAAGAAGUAUGGAUACUUUAAUUUCACUGCUGCUGAGGUAUCAUACCAACCAUCAGAGGACUCUGCUGAGAUACAGAUUGGCUAUACAUCUGAACCUGGUGAGGGUGGCAUCAUUGCCUUCAGGGAUUAUGACAGGAAAUUCUCUCCUCAUGUUUUUGAUUGGCUGAUCUUUGCUCUGCUCAUGAUUCCUGCCCUGUUUGUUCCCUUCUUGAUGUGGUUUAACAUCAAAUCAAAAUACACAAUCAACUCCCGCAGCAAGAGAAAGGCUGAUUAAGGUCUAGGAGUGUAUUUAAAAUUUAAAUUGUGCAACUCCAGUGCAUCACAAGUUGUCAUUGUAAUUAAUUUACAGUAUUCAUUGGGAUUGUACAAACAUUCCAUGAGGGAACCUGUUCAUAGUGAAAGCUUCAGGUGUUUUAAAGAUGUUUGUGGUAUCUAUUGUAUAGAUACAGUCAUGAAUGCAUGAAUUGAUGAUUGCUAUUUCUGGACACUCGAAUGGUACAAGCCUUUGUAUGUCUCUCUAAGUUGUUGAAAGUGGUAAGUUUGAUAGUGCUAAUAAAUUUUUUAUUAA